AGUCAUCAAAAUUAUCGAUAUCAAACAUAAUCGGAUGUAUAAAAUAGAACAUAUAUAAUUAUUUACGUUUCUUUUUUGCAAUUUGUCGAAAAAUUAUUUGCUAUCAAUAAAUUGAUAUGAACGACAGAACAAUUAAAUUGUUGAUAAUUGGGGAAAGUGGGGUUGGAAAGUCUAGCCUCAUCCGUCGAUUUGUUGAAGAUAAAUUUGAUGAUAAUCACGAUGUAACUAUUGGUAUGGAUUUCAAAAGCAAAGUUAUUAAUAUUGAUGGCCUUGAAUAUAAAUUAGCGCUUUGGGAUACGGCAGGGGCUGAACGAUUUCGGAGUCUUACUCCUAGUUUUUAUAGAAAGGCAUUGGGAGCGGUAUUAGUGUAUGACAUCACUAACCGCGAAUCAUUGACAAAAUUGGAGGCGUGGCUUGCAGAGCUUGAAAAUUAUAGUGAUAAUCCGAAUAUUGCUACAAUAGUUGUAGGAAAUAAAAUGGAUAAGGAACGAGUUAUAAGUCGCGAAGAAGGUUUGAAAUUCGCCCGUAAGCAUAGAGCUCUUUUUCUGGAGGCCUCGGCAAAGGGAGAUAAAUUUGUUGCAGAUGUUUUCAAGGAAAUUGUUGAGAAGAUUGUGACAUCGGACUAUUAUAGUUUUUCACAAAACGGAGGAACUAUUGACGUAAAUGCAGACGAAGACGCGGGAGCAUCAAACUGCAGAUGUUGAUAAAUGUUUAAAAUGAAUACUGUAUGUAAUUUUGUAAAAAUAUUAUAUAUGUAAGUCAAGUUAUCACCUAUUUAUAGAGAAUUUGUAUUUCGUUAGUUUAUUUAUUAAAAAUAAAGAGUAUAUAACAUUA